AUGGCACUCCUUGAAAUUACUUGUUUUAAUACUGACUCUGCGGUGGUAGCAGGCAAUGCCGGGGCAGAUCGCAUCGAACUUUGCGAUAAUGCAGACGUUGGAGGGACAACGCCACCUUUGAGGUGGCUAACUGACCUGCGAGACAAGGUCAAGAUACCCAUCUAUAUCAUGGUUCGUCCUCGAGGCGGUGAUUUUGAGUAUUCGCUCCAGGAAUUUCAGGAGAUGAGGGAUACCAUGACCAAUUUCAGAUCCACCGCAGAUGGCUUUGUAUUUGGCAUUCUCAAGCCUGACCGGACCGUCGAUGUCACAAGAACCUCAGAAUUGGUCAAGCUAGCAGCUCCUUUGCCGUGCACUUUCCAUCGCGCCUUUGAUGAAGCCGCAGAUUUGUUUCAAGCACUCGAGGACAUCAUCAGUUGUGAGAUUAGGACAAUUCUCACCUCAGGUGGAGCUUCAAGGGCCAUUCAGAGAUGUGAUGUUCUGGCACAGCUUGUGAAGCAGGCGGGUGACCGGGUUGUGGUCAUGCCAGGUGGAGGAGUCAGAUCAACAAACAUUGACGAACUGAAAGAAAAAACGAAAGCGCUCGUGUAUCACUCGUCAGCUCUCAUUGCGCCACAAAGGGUUGCUAAUAUGGCCGAGGCGAUGCAGAUGAAGCUGAUCUUGCAGCCAAAAAAGUGA